GGGGUAUAAAAGUGCGCCACUGACCACAGACAGCAUCCAGUCAAAGGUUUGGAAUCGUGUGUGAUUCUACAAGUCCUUACAACACUGUUUUUCAAGCGUUGCUCCCUUGGCGAGACACAACACACUUCACAAUGAAAGUAUUCUUCUGCUUAGCCGCUCUGCUGGUGGCUUCCGCUUGUGCCACCGAUGAGGUGCCAUUGGAGAAGAAGCUGGACAAACGCGGCCUGCUCGAUCUGGGCUAUGGCUACGGUCAUGCUGGUCUGGAUGUUGGCCACAUCGGUCAGGGCUCCCUCGUCAGUGGCGGCAGCUAUGGCAUCAGCUCCAUUGGACACUCGGGUCCAGCUGCCAUUGCUGUGGGACCCAGCGCUGGCGGUAUCUCUUAUGGCCACAGCGCACCCGCUGUUGCCGUUCAAGCGCAUGCCGUGCCCGCUCCCUAUGUGAUCAGCAAACAGGCUGAGGUCCAGAAGACCAUCGUUGUGACCAAGGGUGUGCCCGUGCCCGUUCAUGUUGAUCGUCCCUACCCCGUUGUGCACGAGAAACGCGUGCCCGUUGAGGUUAAGGUGCCCGUGCCACAGCCCUAUGAGGUGAUCCGUAAGGUCGCCGUUCCCGUCAAGGAGUACGUGAAGGUGCCCGUCCCAGUGCCACAGCCCUACGAGGUUAUCCGUCACGAGAAGGUGCCCAUCCAUGUGCCCGUCGAUCGUCCAGUGCCCGUUGAGGUGCCCAAGCCCUACCCCGUGCCCGUAGAGAAGCCAUACCCCGUCUACGUCGAGAAGAUCCAGAAGGUGCCCGUCCAUGUGCCCGUCGAUCGUCCCUACCCCGUCUACGUGAAGGUGCCCCAUGUCUCGCACUCCGUCGUGAAGCACGCACCCACCUAUGCCAUCAGCAAAUACCCCAUCACCGGCUAUGGCCCAGGCAGCGGUCUCGGCGCCAGCGUUUACGCCGAUCACUCCGGCUACCACAAGUAGAGCGGUUGCGGAUUCUAUUCGGGGCUAGGCCAAGGACUUACCACAAAAAUAUGAACCGCAUUAAAUUUAGCAACAUUUUUUAAUUCUAUCCAAAUGAAGAGAAAAGAAAACAUGAAAUAACAAAAUAACACUCACACACGGUCUCUUCGCUCCCCCCAAAAUAAUUUCCAAGAGGUUCUAGUAGAACUUCCACCCUGCCACUCUAUUAGAUCUUAAGUAAAAACAAAACAAACA